AAAAAAAUGUGAACUUGAAAUGGAAUCUUCAAAGUUGUUGUCUUUAUUGCGAGAGUGUACCAAUAGCACCAAGUCUCUAAGAAGAAUCAAGCUUGUGCAUCAGAGAAUACUCACGUUGGGGUUACGAAGAGACGUAGUUUUAUGCAAAAGUCUCAUCAAUGUCUACUUUACUUGUAAAGACCAUUGCUCAGCGAGACACGUCUUCGAGAACUUCGAUAUACGAUCGGAUGUUUACAUAUGGAACUCUUUAAUGUCUGGUUAUUCAAAGAACUCAAUGUUUCAUGACACUCUUGAGGUUUUCAAGAGGUUGUUGAAUUGCUCAAUUUGUGUCCCUGAUUCGUUUACUUUUCCGAAUGUGAUUAAGGCUUAUGGUGCGUUGGGUAGAGAGUUUCUUGGUAGGAUGAUUCAUACUCUUGUGGUGAAGAGUGGGUAUGUUUGUGAUGUGGUUGUGGCGAGUUCUUUGGUUGGUAUGUAUGCAAAGUUUAACUUGUUUGAGAAUUCACUACAAGUGUUCGAUGAAAUGCCUGAGAGAGAUGUAGCAUCUUGGAACACGGUUAUUUCGUGUUUUUAUCAAAGUGGAGAGGCAGAGAAGGCUUUGGAGUUGUUUGGAAGAAUGGAAAGUUCUGGCUUUGAACCAAAUUCAGUUUCGUUGACGGUGGCUAUAUCGGCGUGUUCAAGGCUGUUGUGGUUGGAGAGAGGGAAGGAGAUACAUAGAAAAUGUGUGAAGAAAGGGUUUGAGUUAGAUGAGUAUGUAAACUCUGCCCUUGUUGAUAUGUAUGGGAAAUGUGACUGCUUGGAGGUGGCUAGGGAGGUUUUUCAGAAAAUGCCUAGAAAGAGUUUGGUUGCUUGGAAUUCUAUGAUCAAAGGUUAUGUCGCUAAAGGAGACAGUAAGUCAUGUGUUGAGAUUUUGAAUAGAAUGAUCAUAGAAGGAACUCGACCGAGUCAGACAACCUUGACCAGCAUUUUGAUGGCUUGCUCUCGCUCACGGAAUCUCCUACAUGGAAAAUUUAUACACGGUUAUGUGAUUAGAAGCGUUGUAAAUGCAGAUAUCUAUGUGAACUGUUCCUUGAUUGAUCUAUACUUCAAGUGUGGUGAAGCAAAUUUGGCUGAAACCGUCUUUUCAAAGACACAGAAGGACGUUGCUGAGUCAUGGAAUGUCAUGAUUUCUAGUUAUAUCAGUGUAGGUAAUUGGUUUAAGGCUGUUGAAGUGUAUGACCAAAUGGUGAGUGUUGGAGUGAAGCCAGACGUGGUAACUUUCACAAGUGUUUUACCUGCUUGUUCGCAACUGGCUGCGUUAGAGAAAGGCAAACAGAUUCAUUUGUCCAUUAGUGAGAGCAGGCUCGAAACAGACGAGUUGCUUUUGAGUGCGCUUCUUGACAUGUAUUCUAAAUGCGGCAAUGAAAAAGAGGCUUUUAGGAUUUUCAACAGUAUACCAAAGAAGGAUGUUGUAUCAUGGACGGUAAUGAUCUCUGCGUAUGGAUCUCAUGGUCAACCCAGAGAAGCACUUUACCAGUUUGAUGAAAUGCAGAAGUUUGGUCUAAAACCUGAUGGGGUUACUCUUCUUGCUGUAUUGUCAGCUUGUGGUCAUGCUGGGCUAAUUGAUGAGGGUCUCAAAUUUUUCAGUCAAAUGAGAUCAAAGUACGGAAUCGAGCCUAUUAUUGAACAUUACUCGUGCAUGAUUGACAUUCUUGGCCGAGCAGGUCGGUUGCUUGAAGCUUAUGAAAUUAUUCAACAAACACCAGAGACAAGUGACAAUGCAGAGCUUCUCAGUACUCUCUUCUCUGCUUGUUGCUUGCACCUGGAACAUUCAUUGGGAGAUAGAAUCGCAAGAUUGCUUGUUGAGAAUUAUCCAGAUGAUGCAUCAACCUACAUGGUCUUGUUCAAUUUGUAUGCUUCUGGUGAGUCAUGGGAUGCAGCAAGACGAGUCAGAUUAAAAAUGAAAGAAAUGGGAUUGAGGAAGAAACCGGGCUGCAGUUGGAUUGAGAUGAGUGACAAAGUGUGCCAUUUCUUUGCUGAGGACAGGUCUCAUUUACGAGCUGAGAACGUUUAUGAGUGUCUUGCUCUUUUGAGUGGUCACAUGGAAUCCGGUCAAUGA